UAGGGGGUGCUGGCAACCCGACGCAAGGUUUCAGCUGCAUCACGCAGGUCUGGUCAUACAUACUCCGGCGUGUUGUAUCUACGCUCGAAUCAGGGAUUGUGACCAGUCAUGGCCGAUGAGGGAUAUGUAGUACGCAUCAGGGGUCUCCCUUGGUCCUGUUCAGUGGAUGAAGUACAAAGGUUUUUCUCAGAUUGCAAAAUUGUCAACAAUGGAGGCGGCAUCCACUUCACCUACACAAGAGAGGGGCGUCCCAGCGGAGAGGCAUUUGUGGAGUUGGAGACGGAGGAGGACCUGAAGAUUGCAGUGAAGAAAGACAGAGAAACUAUGGGUCACAGAUAUGUGGAGGUUUUUAAAUCAAACAACGUCGAGAUGGACUGGGUCAUGAAGCACACCGGUCCAAACUGUCCAGAAACAGCAGGAGAUGGGCUCGUCCGGCUCCGAGGCCUUCCCUUCGGCUGCAGCAAAGAGGAGAUAGUACAGUUUUUCUCAGGGUUGGAAAUCGUGCCAAAUGGGAUAACAUUGCCGGUGGACAUCCAGGGGAGGAGUACGGGGGAGGCCUUCGUGCAGUUUGCUUCACAGGAUAUAGCUGAAAAGGCUCUAAAGAAACACAAGGAAAGAAUAGGGCACAGGUACAUUGAGAUCUUCAAGAGUAGCCGCGCUGAGGUGCGGACCCAUUAUGAACCCCAGCGGAAGCCAAUGGGCAUGCAGAGACCUGGCCCCUAUGACCGGCCCUCUGGUGGUCGUGGCUACAACAUGAUGGGCCGUGGCGGAUCGUAUGACAGAAUGCGUCGAGGAGGCUAUGGAGGAGGUGUAUCGGAUGGACGGUAUGGAGAUGGCGGCUCUUCCUUCCAGAGCACAACAGGCCACUGUGUCCACAUGAGGGGCCUGCCAUACAGAGCCACAGAGACAGACAUCUACAAUUUCUUCUCACCAUUGAAUCCAGUGCGGGUCCAUAUUGAGAUCGGCCCAGAUGGGAGGGUAACUGGGGAGGCAGAUGUAGAGUUUGCAACGCACGAGGAUGCCGUGGCAGCCAUGUCCAAAGACAAAGCAAACAUGCAGCACCGCUAUGUGGAGCUGUUUUUGAACUCAACAGCAGGUGGCAGUAAUGGAGCCUAUGGCAGCCAGAUGAUGGGUGGCAUGGGGAACCAGUCGUCUUACAGCGGUGGCCAGUUGAGCUCAGGGUACUCUGGCGGAUACAGCAGCCAAGGAAACAUGGGCGGCUACAGUGACUAUAGUAACCAGGGCGGAAUGGGAAGCAGUUACUACGGCGGCGGUGGCGGAGGAGGAAGCAGAGGCUCUAUGAAUGGACUGGGUGGGGGAUGGGGAAUGUAGAUUUUUUUUUUCCCCCUUAAUUUGAUGUUUUUUUUUAAUUCAGCAUUUUGCUGGAAGGACUGGAAACGUAAGUCUCACCUAUUAAACAUAGGGUAGGGUCAGGUGAGGUUGUUUUGAAAAUACUGAGUGGUAGGGUUUGUAUUUUUUUUUUAAGUGGAUGAUCUUCAGAAAGAAAUGAGAUCAUUUGGUAUCACAAGAAGUGUGUCAGAAGCUCUGUUUGUUUGUCUUCCCCAUUCCUCACAGAUUUCACACAUCACAGAAAAUGUGCUUUAAGUUUUUGAUACAGGAAGUGUGCCAUUUUUGUGUUAUUCUCCAAACACCUGGCUGUUCCUCAAGAUUAACUCUUCUUUUGCUGGUGGCUUUAACAUAAUUUUCAAUGUCUGAGUGCAUGAACAAAAAAAUCAGAAAGUGUCUGGUAUCUUCUGAUGUUUAGACCUUGUUUCAUCUUCUACAUGUGUUCAGCCUUUUUUUUUUUAUUUCCAGUUAAAAUGUUAAUCUGAAUUCGAGACUUCACAUGGUCAGAGCAUGUUUUGUUUUCUUAAGGUGCGACUGUUGAUAGAGCAGUUUUUCUGGAUGUGGGCUAUAUCAACGGCAAGUGAAUUUCAAAUCUGCUUACAUGAAGGUUUCUACUGCUUCAAAUGCUAUUUGUAUUUCCUGUGCACAAAGUGAAUAAACUAGUCUGGAAUAUCGAAUUGAAACAA